AUGGGUUUAAUAGACACUUUGGCUGAAGAGAUAGCAGCAGUUGCUGCGGGCCGCCCCUACUGCAGCGCUGCUGGUGCGGAUUCUGCUGCUGCUGCUGCUGCUGCUGCUGCUGCUGCAGAUUCUGCUACUGCUGCGCCUGCUGCUUCUUCCACACGUGGCUUCAGCACGGCUGCAGCAACGGCCGACAGAGAGACCCUCCUGAGGUGGCCCUACAGCAGCAGCAGCAGCAGCAGCAGCAAUGUGGGGGCCCUCCCCGUGUUUCCGCAGGUGAGCCGGCUGCUGGCCAGCACGGCUGCUGCUGCAAUGCUGCAGCAGGCAGAAGAAGAAGCAGCAGCAGCAGCAGCAGCAGCAAAAGAUGGCCCCCUCCGCUCGAACAGCAGCUACAACCAGUACAUUCUUUACAGGGCCCGAAGUCCCUUGGGAGCCCGGGGCACUUGGACUGUAGAUACACCUGAAGUCGCAGGCUCUGAGCUGCAGCAGCAGCAGCAGCAGCAAGGGAAGCAAAGUCUUCUUGCGGGCAGCGGGGAGGAAAAAUUCCAGCAGCAGCAGCAGCAGCAGCAGCAGCAGCGGCACCAUACGGUGCACUGGGCACUGCAGGGGCUGGAGCAGCAGCAGCCGCAGCGAAGGCAUCAUACAGUGCAACUGGAGCCGUCUCCGCAGCAGCAGCUGCUGCUGCAGCAGCAUACACUGCUGUCGGAGCAGCAGCAGCUGGGAGGCCUGCUCGAGAGCGAGCAGCAGCAGCAGGAGGAAGUGCUGCUGCUGCAGCAGAUGCUGCGGAAGCUGCAAGCCGAGAAUCAGGAGCAGCAGAUACAGCUGCAGCUGCUCAUUCAGCAAAGAGAAGAAGCUCUUCACAAGCAGCGUGUGCAGGCGCUGCAGCGCCAGCUGCAGCAGCAGCAGCAGCAGCAGUUAUCGGAGCAGCUACCUCGGCCACAAGCAGCAGCAACUCUUCACCGCAACAGCUGGGCAGAUCCGAAUUCCUCUGCGGCUUAUUGCGGGAGAACUGCAGCAGCAGCAGCAGCAGCAGCAAAUGCUGCGACAAGUCCAGCUGCACCAGCAGCAACAACAGCAGCAGCAGCAGCAGCUGCAGCACCAGCAGCAAGCCUACGCCGCCACUCAGCUGGCCCUUAUAUUCUUCCGGAGCGCUACGUUGACCCUGGCUCUACAAGCAGAGUCUCUUGCAUGCAGCAGCAGCAGCAGCAGCAGCAGCAGCAGCAAGAGAUUGGUGGCAACUCAGCUGCACGUUUUCACAGUGCUGCGUCAUUUGCUGCCCUCAGCAGCCCCCUGGGUCCUGCAGCAGAGAGCAGCAGAAGCCGCACGUAUCAGCAGCAGCAGCAGCAGCAGCAGCAGGUGCGGACUGAGCAGCAGCAGACUCUCGAGCAGGACAGAGCUGUUUUGCGGCAGAGAGAUAACGUAAAAGUAACUAUCCAAGGCCUGUCAAAAAGCAGCAGCAGCAGCAGCAGCAGCAGCGCAGCAGACGCCGCUGGGACGCUCCUUGAUUGGGUGGUGUUUCCUUGUGCAGCAGAAGAGGAUUUAGCAGCAGCAACAGCAGCAGCAGCAGCAGCAGGAAGCAGGGGGCUUGAGACCUCCCUGAGUGACUUCAGAGUAUCCACAGCAAGUGAUGCAGCAGAGAGCAGCAGCAGCGGCUACCGCUGCAGCCUUACGGAGCUGCAGCAGCAGAAGCAGCAGCUUCUGAAGCAGCAGCAGCAGCAGCAGCAAGACCGCAACAAGCGAACACAAUUGGACUUUAGCCAGCAACAGCAGCAGACCCCGCUGCAGCAGCAGCAGACACCGCUGCCGCAGCAGCGCACAACAAAGCUAGUUAGCUUCCCUAAGACAGCGACAGCUCCUGCCACUCAGGGUCUUGCUGCUGCAGCAGCAGCAGCAGCAGCAGCAGCGGCAGCGGCAGCGGCAGUAGCAGCAGUGCGCGGGGGCGCCGGAAGGAGCAGCAAUGCAAGAUGCAGCAGCAGCAAAAGCAAAAGCGAAAAUGGCACCGGGCACAGGCAGCAGCAGAAGCAAAAGCAGCACAAGCAGCAGCAGCAGCAGCAGCAGCAGCAGCGCAGGUAA